AUGAGUAGAAAAGAAGAGAAAGGAGAAGCUGUAUGGAUGGGAAGGAUGAGUAGAAAAGAACAGAACGAAGAAGCUGGAUGGAUGGUAAGGAUGAGUAGAAAAGAAGAGAAAGGAGAAAGGAGAAGCUGUAUGGAUAGGAAGGAUGAGGAGAAAAGAAGAGAAAGGAGAAACUGUAUGGAUGGGAAGGAUGAGCAGAAAGAAGAGAAAGGAGAAGCUAGGUGGAUGAUAAGGAUAAACAGAAAAGAAGAGAACGGAGAAGUUGUAGGGAUGGGAAGGAUGAGCAGAAAAGAAGAGAAAGGAGAAACUGUAUGGAUCGGAAAGGAUCAGGAGAAAAGAAGAGACAGGAGAAGCUGGAUGGAUGGUAAGGUGAACAGAAAAGAAGAGAACGGAGAAGUUGGCUGGAUGAUAAGGAUGAACAUAAAAGAAGAGAACGGAGAAGUUGGAGGGAUGGGAAGGAUGAGCAGAAAGAAGAGAAAGGAGAAACUAUAUGGAUUGGAAAGGAUCAGGAGAAAAGAAGAGACAGGAGAAGCUGGCUGGAUGGUAAGGUGA